AUCUAUAACGGCGGUAAAACUAAGGGCUAACCGCAUACAAGAAUUCCAGAACAAGCUUUACAAGCCGAGUGUAUUUUCCCGCCAAAAGGGCCACACUACAUAAAACCCUUUUUUUUUUCUCUCAAAAUUUCAUUUUCUUUUCAAAACCCUUGAAAUGCCCAAUUUCUAGGUUUGUAAUCGCAAAAUUGGGGUUCAAUUCCACUGCUGAAGAAAUGGAAGAUUCUGAUAAUUUAAGCACUCAACCUCACCGUUCAAUCACCGCCGGCACAAUUCGCCGAAUCAAACUGGAGAAUUUCAUGUGUCACAGUAAUUUGGAGAUCGAAUUCGGCGAUUUUGUCAAUUUUAUCACCGGACAAAAUGGCAGUGGAAAAAGUGCGAUUUUAACUGCAUUAUGUGUUGCUUUUGGGUCUCGAGCUAAGGCCACUAAUCGUGCUUCAACUUUGAAAGAUUUUAUUAAGACUGGUUGCAGCUAUGCUUUGGUGCAGGUGGUACUAAAGAAUGAAGGAAUGGAUGCUUUUAAAGUAGAAUCUUAUCGUGAAUGCAUAAUUAUUGAGCGCAGGAUCACUGAAUCAUCUAGUACACUUGUGCUAAAGGAUCACCAAGGUAGAAGGGUUUCUAACAAGAAGGAAGAGCUUCGGGAACUUGUGGAGCAUUUUAACAUAGAUGUUGAGAAUCCAUGUGUAAUUAUGACUCAAGACAAAAGCAGGGAAUUUUUACAGUCUGGAAGUCCGAAAGACAAGUUCAAGUUUUUUUUCAAGGCAACUCUUCUUCAGCAAGUUGAUGAUCUAUUGAAAGCAAUUGAACAAGCUCUGGAAACUGCUGAUGAGUUAGUCCAAGAAUUGGAGAGAUCCAUUGAGCCUGUUGUCAGGGAACUCAAUGAAUUGCAAGCAAAAAUUAAAAACACUGAGCGUGUUGAAGAAUUAUCAGAAAGAGUUAAACUAAUGAAGUAUAAGCUGGCUUGGUCUUGGGUCUAUGACGUAGACAAGGAAUUAUCGAAGCAAAAGACAGUAGUUGAAAAACGGAAAUUGCUAAUUCCAACCUGCCAAGCCGAAAUUGAUCAUAGACUUGAGAUGAUUGAAAAUUUGAAAAAAAGCUAUACAGAUAUGAAAAGUCGUCAUGAGCAACUGGCACAAAAAACGUCGGAGGUGAAUAGAUUGCUGGAUGAGUUGAAGGAUAAUCUAUCCGUGGCAGCGAAAUCUAGGAUGGAAUUAAAGCAAGAAUACGACCGAAUAAUCUUUGAUGUCCAGAAGAUGACGAAGCAUGUGAAGUCCCUAGAGCAGCAGGUUCAAAAUAUACAGGAGCAAAAUUUGCGUAACACUCAGGUUGAAGAAUCUAGGGUUCAGGAGAAACUAAAAGAACUUCAAGAUGAAGUAAAUGCUGCUGCUGCGUUGUUGACAAGGCUGAAGGAAGAUGAGGCAGCUUUGUCAGGAAGCGUGGAUGCAAGAAUGGAAGAAAUUAGAAAGAUAAAGGAACAAGUUGUUGAACAUGAGCAAAAGCUGAGUGAUUUCAACUCCCAACUUUAUGAGCUUCGGCAAAAUCAAAAUAAUAAGGUUUUUGCUUUUGGUGGAGAAAAGGUCCUUCAACUUCUGUACAUUAUAGAGUCACGCUGUAAUGAAUUUCAAAGUCCACCCAUUGGUCCUAUUGGUGCCCAUGUGAAUUUGACUCAAGGCGAUCAAUGGGCGGGUGCUGUUGAAAAUGCAAUUGGAAGGCUACUAGAUGCUUUCAUAGUGACAAACGUCAAUGAUUCACAUAUACUGAGGUCUUGUGCCCGACAGGCGCGCUAUGAACGCCUUCAUAUCAUCAUAUAUGAUUUUUCAAAGCCCAGGAUCAACCUUCCACAUUACAAACUUCCUCAAACAAGACACCCUACUACCCUUUCUGUCUUACACUCGGACAAAGCGACAGUUGCAAAUGUGUUGGUGGAUAAGGGUGGUGCAGAGAGGCAAGUUCUUGUUAAGGACUAUGACAUGGGCAAAACUGUUGCUUUUGAAGAAAGGGUUUCAAACUUGAAGGAGGUUUUCACUUCUGAUGGCUAUAAAAUGUUUUCUCGAGGGUCAGUCCAAACCAUUCUUCCUCCAACUAAAAGAGCUAGAACUGGACGGCUUUGUAGCUCAUAUGAUGAUCAAAUUAAGGACCUUGAAAGAGAUAAAUGGAACGUGAAUGAACAAGCUCAAAAAGCCCGCCAACUGAAAAGAGUUGCGGAGGAGGAAGUACAUGAUCUUCAAGAAAAGUUAGACGAUAUCAAGAGGAGACGUAAAUCUGCAGAGCGGCAUUGUUAUCAAAAGACAUUUGCUGUUGAUGAUUUCAAGCGCACACAUGCAUCUGAAGGUAGUGGAUCUAAUAUGUCUACUGUGGAUGAGCUUUGUGAAGAAAUCAGGAGAACCCAAGCUUUAAUACAAGAAAAGGAAACCAUGCGUGACAAAGUCCAAGUGCAGAUGAAUGAAGCCCUAGAUAAAGUCAGAGAACUGAAAGCAUCUCUAGGGAACUUGCAUGAAUCCGCAAAUGAGGACUUCAAUGCUCUUGAUAAAGCUGUAAAAGAAUAUGAAGCUAUUGCCAAGGAUCUAGAGGAGCUAGAGAGGGAGAAAAGGCAUUAUGAAAAACUUCAAGCUGAAAAGAUUUUACCUGAAAUUAAAGAAGCAGAAGCAAAGUAUCAGCAGCUUGAACAGAAGCGCAAGGAUAGUUAUGAGAAAGCCUCCUACAUGUGCCCAGAGGAUGAAAUUAAAGCUGUGGGAGACUGUGAAGAUACUCCAGAGAAGCUCAGUGCUAACCUGAGACUAAUGAUUGAAAAGCUCGAGCGUGCAAGGGAUAUAUAUACGGAAUCCAUUGAUGACCUACGAAAACUGUAUGAGAAGAAGCAGAGUAAGAUUUUGACGAAGCAAAAGACUUAUGAAAAUUUCCGAAAGCAGUUACAGGAUGCUCGAAGAGCUUUGGAAUCACGAAGAAUCAAGUUUGAUCGGAUUGCUAGUUUAAUCAAGCGCCAAUUGACAUGGAAUUUUAAUAGCAAUCUGGGAAAGAAAGGGAUAAGUGGUCAGAUUACUGUGGACUCUGAAAGGAAGACUCUCUCUCUUGAGGUUAAGAUGCCACAGGAUGCAUCUAGGACUACUGUUCGGGAUACUAGAGGACUUUCAGGUGGGGAACGUUCUUUCUCGACUUUGUGUUUUGCAUUAGCUCUCCAUCAGAUGACUGAAUCCCCUUUUCGAGCAAUGGAUGAAUUUGAUGUAUUUAUGGAUGCAGUUAGCCGGAAAAUCAGUCUUGACACCUUGGUUGAUUUUGCGUUAUCACAUGGGUCACAGUGGGUGUUUAUCACCCCUCAUGAUAUCAGUAUGGUGAAGCAAGAUGAGAGAGUUAAGAAGCAGCAGAUGGCAGCUCCCCGUUCUUGAUCUCAGCAAGCCUGAACGCUGCAGUUUUGUACAUGGUUUUGAUUUUGCUGAUCCUAAUGUUUAUUCCUGAUCAUUUCAUGUGGUGCUUCCAUCAUCACGAAGUUAACCUUCAAUCUCAUUGUAAGUAGGAUUCUUUUGGGAAUCAACUAGUCUCCGUUUUGCCUUGCUAUCCUAGCUCUUCACUCGUGCUGCUGUGGAUGCGAGUCCCAACUUUUUGUAUAUGUAUCUUAUUUAUCCGACAUAUUUGAAAUUUUAAUGAAUUCUUGAAACAGUUAA